AUGAAUGGAAUACAGCAUCUUACUCCAGCCCCUUACCAUCCAAGAACAAAUGGAUUGGCUGAACGCUUUGUAAGGACAAUGAAGGAAGCUUUGAAGAGUGACAAAAGCAAUGCAAGUCUCAGGUACAAACUUGACACUUUCCUUAUGAAGUACCGCAAUUGUCCACAGACUACAACUGGUAAUUCUUCAGCUGUCAUGCUGAUGGGACACCCUUUACGCUGUCGUCUGGAUCUUUUAAAACCAGACAUAACCCGUGCAGUUGAAAAGUCUUUUGUCGCAGCACCACCAUCCAAACAAAUGCGUCAUUUCAACAUUGGUACACCUGUUCUAGCCAGAAAUUAUGGAAGAGUUCAAGUUUUAGUGUGGGGGAAUGAUGUGUAUGACAUAUAUGACGUAAUAAGUCAUGGGAUUCAUGGGUAA